AACAAACAUGAUAAAUCACACAGAUCCAUGGACUUGAGUAAAACAUUCAUCUCAGUAACAUCAAGAUGGCCGCUUUGGAGAGGCCGCUGCUUGACGCCACCAGCAGGCCCCAGAAUGAUGAUGGCGGAAGUAACUCUAGCACCCCUACCCUCACCUCAACCACCAACACCACCACUACCACCACCACCACUGUCACCACUGCCACCACCACCACCACUACUGCCACCACCACCACUACCAGCACGGCCUGGCAGAUGGAGGUGCUGAUGGAACGCCUGCGCAGUAAAGCUGGAGGCUUCCGGUCUUUGGUGGAGUCGGCCAAGGGGAUAAAACAGGCCAUUAUGCAGAAAAAGCAACACCUGCUGGACCCAGGGGAGCGUGUGGCCCUGGGCAGUUGCCUGGACACCCUGCAGAAGAACAUCAAGGUUACAUCACUCUCAGCCAUGGUGGAGAGGCUGGAGGCCACAGCACGACAGCUUGGACUCAAGUUCACUGCGGGGACGUCUGGAUCCGAGGUGUUUGUGUCGUGUGACAUGUUCUACGUGGAGGUGCUGCUGGAGCCUGACGGGCGUGUGCGGGAUGUGAAGGUGGAGCUGGCGGGGGACCAGAGCACUCACGAAGGCCUGUCCUCACCAGAGCUGAUGGAGUGCCUGAGCAGAGGGGACUUUGCUGACUUCACUGCCCACCUCGAGGGUUUCUCUUCCAUAUAUCAGUUGAAUGCUGACAAGAAGAGUAAAAGCAAGGCAUUUCAAGCAUUGCAGGCCUUGGAGACAGACCUGACCAAGCUGUUUGAGUUGGCACAGGAGACCAUCACAGACCCCUACAAGCUGGUCCUCAAGUCUCCGGUGGGCUUGCUGCAGCGGCGGAGGGGAGGCCAUGCAAUGCGGCUGGUGUACUUUGUGUCGCCCUAUGAGCUCCUGGAUGUGGCAGCAGGGCGCGCCAUCACACUCACCACUGACACACCACACUCUCGGGAGCUGUCUCACUACGUCACCGUCAACAUUGAGGCGUCCAACUCCCACAAACUGCAGACCACCACACUCAUGCUCAUCACCAAGCAGGCCAAUGGCAAGAAGCUUCCAUCAUUUUCAGGCCUCACCACAGACAACAGCAUGACUCUGCCCGCCUGCUUCUCCCUCAAGCUGCAACGCCCCAUGCCUGUGUCCCUGGCUCUGCUGCAGCGUAUUAAUGAGGUGACAGGUCUGGAGUGUGCUGAUCCCACCAACCAGCAGUCCCUCAUCCCCCUCAUUAUACAGCAGUCCGCAGACAACCACUCCGAGUGCAAUAGCAACCGUGGCCUCUUUGUGACACUGCCAGACCAACAACACUGUUACUUCAUGACGAGUGCCGGGGAGCUGCCAGGGGUGAUGGUGAGCUGCGUGCCUUUCACUCACCCCACACAUAUCACCAGCAUCCUCAUGUGUCUCCGAGCCCAGGCUGCCUUCAACGCCCUCAUCGCUUCUUGUGUGCGGCCGGCCAGCAAGCAAGAUCUGGAUUCAGCAUACAUCUUCGAGGUGACGGCUGCCAGCCAUGAGUACAUCUCUGUUACCUUCGAGCAUCCACAAGAGGAGAGCACAGCCACAGCAGAGAUAGACCUGACAGACCUGUGCAAUGCCCGGUGUCGCCUGCACACCCUCACUCCUGACCCAGGCUUCUGUUCCGAGGAGUACGUGACAAAGGUUCUGCAGAGGUGCAUGUCCAUCCCGGUGACGAUGCGUGCAGUGAUGAGGAAGGUGGCCAAGGAGGAGCGCAAGGAUGCAGUGAUGAGCGGGGACUCAGCCGUCAUGAUGGGCAGUGGCAAGCUUAACUCGGACUUCAACCAGAACACCAAGUUUCUGCUGAACGAGUACGACAAGCUGGGCAUGCGGCGUGACCAGCUGAUGGCUCCCCACAUGACCAACCUUAACAACGUGGUCACCAACACCUCACAGAACUACUACAACACCCCAUUUCCCCCUGGCCAGCAGACAGCGAGUGGGGACACUGCCACCACUACCACCAAUCCCCUUGCUGCCCUGGGGAACGCCGUGCAAGAAGCUGGCACUCCCCUUGGGUAUGGGGCGCUCUUAGGAGCCAUGGGGCACAAGCAGGGUCUCAGCCAGCCUUUUUUAGGUGAGGCCAAGACAGCAAAAGUCAGAAAGAAAAAGAGCGCCCAAGACUCGGACCGCAAAAGCCCCAAGUACAUAGAGGACGUGAUCGACUUGGAUGACCGCAGCUCUGACUCGUGCCAGAGUGAUGCCCUGGCCAGCCUGGUGGACAUCAAGCAGAGGGACAUCAAGGUGGAGAAGGUCCCAAACAUCCUCAGCAAACGACGGUCCUCCAAUGACGGGGGCACCACAGACAUUGUCACCAGUGACUUGGCAGCGCUGAGGGAGCAGGUGUACGGGGCUGCCUCUGCUGCUAACUAUGCCAAGAUUAAUUCCUACUCCAUCAAGGACAGCAAGGACAUCAAGAAGGUCAAGAAGCCACGGACAGACGGACACGACUCACGCAAGUCCCCCAUUGUUCUAGAUUUAACUGAAGCUGAGACCUCCAACAAGAAGUCUGGCAGUGGGAGCAGCAGCAGCAGUCACAGCUCCUCAACCUCCCUGAGUGCGGCGCUGCUCAAGAGGCCGGGGAUAGAGAUCAUCCCCAUCCCAGGCAGCAACACUCCCAUCUCCAUUCCCUCCUCCAUCACCGUCACUCCAGUUCUCAAGUCUGGCGACGACAAGUACAAGGACAAGAAAGAGAGGCGGGACAAGAAAGAUGUGGAGAGGAAGGACAAGAAGAGGAAACGUGACGACUCCCCUAGCAAUAACACCUCCAGCAGCAGUAGCAGCAGCAGCAGCAACAGCAGCAGCAGCAGUAGCAAGCCAGCCAAGGUUCAAAUCAUCAGCAGUGGCCUGAAACACCCUUUUAAAGGCGAGGGCGGGAGCAAGUCAGGGCUCUCGGCCAUUACCGUCAAACCUAGUACACCUCCCUACCAGUCCCCUUCUAAAAAGCCUUCCCUCUCCCCUAGCAUAUCAAAGUCUGUCCUCCCUAGUAAGGUGUCCGUCAGCCCAACCCACAAGCCCAACAAGGUGAUAUACAGCCCCACUCAGAACAGUAGUCAGAGUUCGUCACCCAAGGGAAGGAGCAGCCCCAAGCCCUCCAGCAGCAGCCCAAAGCACCCUAGCAUGUCCCCUAAACACACCAGCCUAGGGAAGCCCAGCAUGACACAGCUCAAGUCUGCCUCGCCCACCUUCUCCAAGCCUUCCCUCUCCCCCAAACUCAAGACCAAAGAGAAGGAGAGGAGUUCCAGCUCAAGCCCUUCUCGUCCUGCCAGUUCCAGUUCCUCCUCUUCAUCUUCCACGACUUCAUCCACUCCUUCAUCCUCAUCCACCACCUCCUCUUCUGCCACUUCGUCCUCCUCUUCAUCCACUUCAUCUGCAUCGUCAUCAUCAUCGUCGUCGUUAUCGUCAUCCACCUCCACCACCUCGUCCUCUGCAUUGUCAUCUUCAUCCUCAUCGUCAUCCUUAACAGUGUCAUCAUCAUCAGUAACAGUAACAGCAGCAUCUGUCACCACCACUACCACCACCACCUCCACCACCACCACUACCACCACCACACCCACCACAACCACAACCUCCUCCUCCUCAUCCACAUCCUCCACAUCAUCUAGUUCCACAGUUACCAAACCAAAGGUGUCUUCCUCAUCCUCCUCAUCCUCCUCCUCUUCGUCCUCCUCUUCUUCAAGCUCAGCAGUAAGUGAAAAGAUAAAAAAUGGUCUUAGUGAUGCUCUCACCAUCACCAAAGUGUCAACAGGGGAGUCAGCUUCCUCCUCUUCUCUCGCCUCAUCCUUCCUCGCAGGCACGCAGCCCCACACAGCUCCCGCCUCCCUGGAUGACAAGCCCCCAGUCUUCUCCAUUGACAAGGCAAAAGCUUCCCCACCAAAAAAUAGAAAGGGACCAAGUUUGUCAGACAUCGUUGACAAGCUGAGGGUUGGUGUUGGCAACACGUCUGACACCGUCACUAUCAUUGAGAAGAAUGACAAGAGCCAGAAGGAUUCCUCUAAGGGAGAUGGGACUGAAAGCAAGAAGGAAGGAGACAAGAAGACUGAAUUUACUGUCAAGCCUUCAACUGGAGGCCUAAAGUUGACAAUAAACAAAACUAAGAUGAAAGAUGGGAGCAUAUCAAAGUCAUCCUCCUCUAGUUCUCCCAAACCUUCUGUGUCCAAGUCCCCAUCUGGCCUGAAGCCUGGUGUGGUCAGUGGCCCCGCCUCCAAGAAGCUGUCAGUGUCCAGCCUGCCACCCAUUCCAAAGCUACCCAGGUCUUCAGUGUCCAGUUUCACUGCCACUGCUGUGUCGCCGCUGGGCACCACCCUUCCUGGAGUCCAUACGAGCCCUCUGCAGUACCACCAGCGUGAGAGAAGCAAGGAGAAGGAGAAGGAUCGGAUCAAUUCAGCCGACAGAAUCAAGCCCAAAGACACCUCUCCCACCAAGUCUCUCACCUCAACUCCUUCAGAUGCCAAGAAGGAAAGCCUGUCUGUGAAGAAUCCAAUCUCCAAACAGACUCCUAAGGAAGAAAGUCCAAGUCAGGGAUUGAGCCACAGGAAGCUGGAGUCGUCAGAGAGCACAGACAAGACAAGCAAAGCCACAACAGACUCACGUGCUGAUAAGCUGGAGAAGCCGGCACCCAUGAAGGCAGAGGCAGAUUCCACUCUGGGAUCACUGACUGAUUCAUCAUCCAGUAAGAUAGUUGACACGUUCAUGGAGAAGGGAAGCAGCAACAGCAGCAGCAGCAGCAACACCAGCCACACCAAUGACUCAUCCAGCACCAGCACCCCCACUCUUCCCCCUGCCGCCCCAUCCUCCUCCAGCGACCUCAUGCAGGAUUCUUUCCCAUCAUCCCAAUUCAAGGCAAGCAAGGAACCCAAAGAGGAAGCCAAGAGUAAGCCCGAAGCUUCUCUGCCUCCGUACCGCCCUGCCGUGACCUCCAGCAGCAGUGUGGGGAGCGUGGACCACCUCCUGACUGACCCCACUCCACCCCCUCUGCCACCACCACCACCACCACCCCCUCCACCACCUUCCUCCACCACCACCUCCACCACAGUCAGCACACCAGCAAUACCACCGCUGCGUCAGACUGCCCUGCACCCACCCACCUCAAAGGGUGUGGAGGGCAAGGAGCAGGGGAGUGUUGCUAACCAGGACCUUGUGGGAGAGAAAUCCAAGCUGCCAGAGAGUAUAUCCUCCUCCAUCUCGAGCUCCCAGCCACCCACCUUGCCAGGCCUGGGCUACCCCUCCUCUCCAUCAGUGUCCAUCAAGAUCGUCAAGUCUCCUGCCCCCGUGCCUUCCCCCCUCAACAUGAUCUCUCCCCACUCCGUCGCCUCCCAGCCCUCCCCCUGCAUUAUUGACGACGAGCUGAUGGAUGAAGCACUGAUGGGCACACGCAAGUAGUGGUGCCAAGCGCUGCCCAUGCUGUGUCUGGGCCUGCAGGUGGGAGGGCCACCCACCAACGGGCCUCACCUGAUGACAAAGUUGUGAGUGAUGUAUUAUUUAUUUAUUUGUGAGUAAGACAACAAAUGUAUAAAGUAUAGCAUAAUGUGUAUGCACAAAAGACUACUGUUGGCUUUGGUUUGUGAAGCACUUUGCAUUCGUUAUUGUACCCGUGUGUGCCGUCUGCGUGUGUGGAGGGAGGGGCAGGAUUUGGUGCAGUUUUCACAGAAUGCCUCUAUGCUUUUAUGAAGAAAGUCUGGCAAUGUACAGUGUAAAGAAACAUUAAAGUCAAGGACAAAAAUCACUGUAAGUGUUCAUAUUGUGCAUCCCUUAAUAAUUUUCCUGGAUUCUCAUUUUUUACCAGAAAUUUGUAUAAAUACCACAUUCCUGGAGCAGAAUCUGUUUCAUAAUGCUUAUAGCAGCUGUUUGUGUGUAGUGACUGCAGAAUAUUAAACGUUGAUCUGUG